AUGUCUUUGUCCCCAUUGUCACCAUUAUCUCCAGCUCGGAUGCCUCAUCCCAAAAUGAAACUCAAGACUCCAGCUGAAGAAGAAGAAGACUUUGACUCAGGCUAGUACAGGUCUUUGAAGUUCAUCAGGUCGCAGGUGUAAAACAUAGAGGGAUUACGAAAGAUGACUAAACUAGUGCUAGUUGGAAAUUAAGCCACUAAGGUGCCACCAAUUAAAACCCUGAGACUGCACUUCUGCCAGCUGAUUCACUUUGACUUAUCUAAUAACAUGAUAAAAAACUUGUAUGGAAUAGACUUAUGCAAGAGUCUACCUUUCCUUUAGGUGUUUAAAGUGUGCUCAAACCGUCUCUAUCAGCUUUCAGAUAUUUUAGCCUUCAGAGAGCAUAAGCAUCUGAAGGAGUUUGACUUCAAGGAGAAUCCUCAUCUGCCUUUCAUAGACAAGAGACUCAUAAUCUUGCACAGGUUGAUUAUGGAUGAACUGACCUCGGACAGAUAAAAUUAGAACAGCGUGGGAUAUCUGCAAGCAACCUAUCAAUAAAUAGUAAAGCCCAUCCAGUCUGAGUUGGUGAUUUCCCCUUUUGAUGUAGAGCAUGAUAAGAAAUAUUAAUAGGACAGGCAAAAAGACCACUAAAUUGCCCAGACUCCCAGACACUAUGGCUACUUCAAACAGUUAGCUCAUUUAAAUGGACAGUAGAUCAAUCUUUAUGAGUUGAAGACUAUAGGCUACAUGGAGUAUGAGGAGUUAAUGGAAAGCAAAAAUGCAUUAUUAUCUUCAAGCAAGAAAAACAAGAACAAAAUGAGAGGAAAUGACAAGAAGCCCUUGACUCAGUAUGAACUGCAUAAGCUGCUCAGAGAAGCAAAAGAAAAGCAUGAUAUUGAACAAGAAUAAUUAGAAAUUUUGAAGCACAUCCAGUAUCAAAUUAAGCCUGAAAAGAUUAAGGUAGACGAGAUAACUAUUAGCCCAAGGAAGCUUAAGAAAUACGAAGAACAGCGAGAGGGCAAAAUUCGUGAAAACCUUUUGAAGCAUAUACGAGGCAAGCAUUAUUUUGAAGAGGAGAAAAGUGACCUCUGUGAAGAGGAUAACGUCAAGGAUGAGAUGAAUGUAGAUGAGGAAGGAGGGGAUAGUUCAGAUGAUUCAGAAGAAGAAGAUGGCAAUAAGUACGGUAAAAAAUAAAAAGCUGUUUUAAAGACUAAAAUUAACGAUUUGAAUAGCAGUAAGGAGCAGGAACAGCAGAAUGAAUUGGAAUCAAUCAGAAAGAGAAAGAGCAAUCUGGUCAAGAAAAUUAAAUUAAAGCUGAAUGAUUUGAUGAUGAUUCAGCGCUAGAACUCUAAGGAAUCGACGACUAAGGAUUCAGAAGAAGAUGACCACAACGAUAACUAGGAGAUAUUUCAGCUCGCUCAUUAAAGAGUGUCAUAGUUAGAAUUCAAACCAAUAGAAUUAGAACUUGUUCAGUAACCUUCCAUUCGGUUUUAGAUCUCGUAGGCAAACAUACUAUUCGAUUUCUACCCCACAUUCAAUGAGAUGAAUACUUAGAUGCAGCUGAAGAAACUUGAAGAGUUCUUCAAUAAGUCUGAGGAUGAACUGCUAGAUGCACUUAAUGAUAAGGAGACGUUCUAAAAGAUUGAGACAGAUAUGAUUGAGGUGCAAAGAGAACUGUCGCAGUCAAUGACAUCAUUGAGGAAAGGCUUCUCAUUUGAUGAUGUCAGAAGAUUCCUUAAGGAAUACAACUCAAAGCACAAAAGCAAGGAUAAGAUGCUAACUCCUGCUGAAGAGCUGGUGGGUGUGGUAAAUAUGUAUCGAGAUGGAAGAGCUAAGGAACUGAAUCUCCCUAAGAUCCAGAUUAAGGAACAUGACAUCGAAAAUAUCCUUAAAAGUGGAGAGAUCCUUCCUACUGAGAGGUUUAAUAGACUCACAGGCAUCUUAGAGCUUACCGAUCAGUACAAGCAUUUCAAAGAAAUUGAAAAGCAAAAGCAUGGAGGGGAACAGGGACUAAUGAAGUUUAUCAAGAAUAAAGAAGCUGAGGAAAAGCAUUAGAGGAUAGUAAAGACCCACAGAGAUAGAAUUCAAGCAGUUUAGAGUAUAAAGUUAGGACCACAAAGAAAGAUGAAUGAAGCAGAUAUUGAUCAGAAGCGAUAUGCAUUGAGCAUUAAAGGUACAGUUAACUUCACAAACAACUAUAAUCUGAGUCCAACCAAGAAAACAGUUUAAUCUACUAAGAACAACAGGAGUCCCACUAAGCAUUUAAAUCUCAUAAAAGCAGUUAGCACAGCUGAUUUGAACUUAGUCAAUUUAAGAAACCAAGCACAGAAGGCUUAAGAAGAUAAAAUGAGGUCAUCCUACAGUAAUACAAUGAUUCGAAAGUCUUAAAGAGUAAUGAGGAAAUCUCACCAUGACUUCAGAGGCAAUGAGCAAAUCAUCUAAACUCAUCGGCCAGCCAUUAUGAAAGGCAGUGUCCACGAGAUAUUUCCAAACAUUAAUGAGUAACUGAACCAGCCUAAAUAAGCUUUUAAUCUCGUGAAGAAAUUUGAGAAAGACAUCAGACUGCUUCCUGACUUCAAGGAAUAUGACUAAGAAAUCGAAUAGAACAAGCAAAGUAUCAAAUAAGCCAAUAAAUUCUAUGCUUAUUAGCUGAAUGAGGAGUAAAAUGAAGGUGAGGAUGGAUUCCUGCCUGCAUAGUAUAAGAGGGAGCUCGAACAAAAGAGAAUUUAAGAGAAAAAGCAUAAAAAGAUCAUUAUUGGGUCAAAGUACAAGAUCAAUAAUCAUCCCUUGAUCAAGUAUGAAGAACUGACUGAGAUAUAAAGAAGAAACUACCCACAGUACUUCAAAGUAAGUAUUGAAGACUAGCCUGAGAAAAUCAAUGAUCAAAUCUUGAGUCUGAGGCAGAGAAGGCAGAGCAGUAUGGAUAAUUAGUUUAGCAAGGAAUUAGAGAUUUAGACUUUAAAGGCUCUUGUAAGAUAGAUUAUUGUCAAAGACUUAAAAGAAAAUCCUCAGCAACUUUGA